UAGGCUCCAGACAAUCCACGCUCGUAAGUGGAAGAGUGCCAGGGCACUCAAGAGCACGAUGGACGAACUAGUCGCUGUCCCUGACCAUGGGGUCACAGACACCCAAUUGGUCAGCCUCUUUUACCGGGCUAUCCCCGAAGCCUUGCGAGGGCACUUCUUCGCGAAGAGCAAAGAUCCAGCCACCACUUAUGAUUCUCUUAGUCGUGAGGUGGUGGCCUUUGAAGCCAAGUCUGCAUCUGUGUCUACCUUCUGGCACAAAGACUUGGACAAGGGAAAGCAAUGGAAAGGCCGCACUAUCUCAGGGCAGGUGAAGACAAAGGAUAGCCUUGUCCUAACACUAGAUGAGGGUAGUGUGGAUGAGGUCCCCUACGACCAGAUUGAGUGGGGGUUAGAGGAGGAUGACAGCGGUGUAGGUCAGGGGAAACUUACGCUGCUGUCGCGGCCGGAGGGAGGCCACAAGGAGGAGGACGAGGCCAGGGCCAAGGGGGACGGGCCUCAGGGAGCCGGUUUCAAGGCGAUCAGGGGGUUGGCGGUAGAGGAGGAAACCGCCAAGCGGGAGGCAGGGGUCAAGGUCCCCCGCAAAACCGUCCUAGGAACAGGUCUCCCUAUAGGACUGUUGAGAAAGGAGACCAUUUGGAAGUGGGACAAGGACUGUACGUCUUCCAUGAAGAAAUUGAAGCAGGCCUUGAUAGAGUAUCCAGUGCUUAAAGUCGUCGAUCCGUCCUUGCUUUUUGUCGUCACUACGGAUGCUAGUCAGUACGGCAUAGGCGCGGUGUCGCAGCAAGACGAUGGUAAUGGUUAUAGACCCGUAGAGUUCAUGUCCGCUAGAAUGCCUUCAGAGAAGGUCGCGACAUCUACCUAUGAGAGGGAACUCUACGCUCUCAUGCAAGCGUUAGACCAUUGGAAACACUACUUGCUUGGGAGGCACUUCAAAGUCUAUUCUGACCAUGAAACGUUACGAUGGUUAAAGACGCAGGCCAAGAUGACACCUAAGCUUACUAGGUGGGCCGCAGAGAUAGAUCAGUACGACUUCGAGCUCAAGCCUGUCAAAGGGAAGUACAACGUAGUCGCGGAUGCUCUGAGUAGAAGGGCUGAUUACUUUGGGGCGAUAGUGCAUUAUCUUGAUAUAGGGAAAGACCUGCAGCAGAUGGUUAGAGAAGCGUACGCGCAGGACCCUAUCUAUAGUGACCUCCUUAAGAAAGUCAAAGAGGCCCCAAAGACUGGGCCAAACUACCGCACUACUGAAGGGUUGCUAUUUGAGAAGACUAAUGUCUUUGACCGGUUGUGCAUUCCCAAUAGCGAAGAGAUCCGUAGUCUGAUCUUGGGAGAAUGCCACGACAUAGAGGGUCAUUUUGGUUGGCAGAAGACUUUAGCCAAUCUAAUGCGUGCAUAUACCUGGCUAGGGAUGAAGAAUGACUGCGUAGAGUAUGUUCGCAGUUGUAAAGUCUACCAGCGUAACAAGACUUCUACGCGUGCUCCGUUAGGUCUUCUCAGACCCUUACCCAUUCCGGAUCAGCCGGGAGACUCGGUGUCCAUAGACUUCAUGGACACCCACGUCAAAAGCAGGCAUGGCAAGAGCCAAGUCAUGGUCAUAGUUGACCGAUUCAGUAAAUACGCAGUUUCUGUUCCUUUGCCUUCAGAGGCACGUACCGAUUUAGUCAUACAGAGGGUUUUCGACUGUUGGGUAAGUGAGAAUGGGAUCCCACUGUCGAUAGUUAGCGAUAGAGAUAGUCGCUUUACUAGCCAGAACUGGCAAGAACUCAUGGGAGUAUAUGGAUCUAAGUUGUUGACGUCGUCCGGCCGUCAUCCAGAGACUAACGGUCAGACCGAGCAGAUGAACAAGAUCCUACAGCAAGUUCUGCGCAUGUACAUUAGGCCAGAUCAGAUUAAUUGGGAUGAGAUGUUGCCCAAAGUAGCUAGUGCGUACAACAACAGCGUGCAUCUAGCCACCUGCCGCACUCCCAACGAACUGCACAAGUCCUUUAGACCGCGCAGACCGUUUGAGGGACUCAACCGGGAUCAGAUUCACAGAUUGUCGCCCGGGAUCAGGGAGUUUGCUGUACAGCACGAGAAAGAACUAGCUACGGUUGUGGAGAACCUCAGGAAAGCCCAGCAUAGGAUGAUUGAGCAAGCGAACAAACAUCGUCGCCCUUCACAGUUUCAAGUAGGCGACUUAGUCUGGGUUAGUUCUAAGGAGUUUGCACCUGAGGAGAACAUCUCGCAGAAGUUGCUGCCCACCUAUAGAGGACCGUGGCCAGUCCUAGAAGUCAAGGGCGGCGAAGAUGGACCGUCCUACACCAUAGAGCUGCCAGCCCACCUCCACACUUACCCAGUUUUCCAUGCAUCGAAGUUGUUACCUUGUCAAACAAGUGAUCAGUUUCCAUCCCGUAGAUCUAUGGCAUGGAAGCUUCUCGCUUGGCAAGCAACGGUACCCAGGAGGUUGACUGGGAGCGGACAGGCGGGGCGAGCAUCAUAUUCAAUCAGUGCUCCCUAUCCUGAUGAUGAUUUCCUCAGAGAAGACCAGGACUCUCGUUCGUCUUCCUCUUUUUCUUCUUCUUCGCUGUUGUCAUCGUCUGGAGGGAUUACAAAUUCACAAAGCAGGGAUUUGUCAAUAGGAGGAGGAAGUAUUUUCUUCCUCGAACGUCAGAGGAGAAGGGGGCUGGCUAGAGUUAUCCUCUAUUGGCUCUCUUUCGGUGCAUUGACAGCGGCGAGCGCAUCCGCGCUCGAGUAUCUUCUGCACCCGCGCUUGAAGGUUCCGCCGUGGGCAAUUGGUGGCGGUUUCGCUGCAGUUGUUUCCGUGAUUGCGAUACUGAAUUUUGUGAAGAUUAGCCUGAUGUCAUUGCGCGAGAGAGGAGGAAGCGGGGCUGUGAUUGCGCGAGACCUCGGUGGCACAGAGGCCAACCCUGAUGUGCAUGCCGACUUGAUCUCGAUUGUUCGCAACAUCAGUCUCCGAGCUGGCAUUCCUUGCCCUCGCAUCUUCAUCGUUCCUUGCAGAGAGCUCAACGCAUUUGCAACAGGCUUGUCUGAGUCAAGAGACGCAUCCAUCAGUGUGACACAGGGGCUACUGGACACGCUAUCCAACAUUGAGUUGUCGGCUGUGUUAGGGCAUGAAAUUGGCCACAUCAUCAAUGGUGAUAUGCGGAGCGGGACCCAUAUGGCGAGCAUCUUGCUCGGGUUCUAUGGAGUUCUCAUGCUUGGGAUGCGGAUGUGGAAGGCCGCGUCCUUGUACAGUUCGCGGAGGUUGGGCAGUGUGCUUGGUCUUGGGAUGGAUGAUCGAGAGGUCGAUGGAGGGGAGGGUGGAGAACCUCUUCCCCCACAGGAGAGGGAUUCCAUCGACCUGCGCGCCAUCGCAUUCCCUUUGAUAGCUGUUGGUCUUGUCGCCUAUGCGAUCGGGACUAUAAUGCAAAGAGCUGUUUCAAGGAGGCAGGAGCUUUCUGCCGACAGCAUUGGUGUGGCUCUGACGGACGCGGAGCCACUGAAAAGUGCACUGCUAAAGAUCUCCGAUGGUAAUGACGAUCGCCAAAGAAGACCAAGGGAUCUGCAAAGAAUGUACCAGGGGCGACAUGUCGCCCACAUGUUCAUCCACAGGGAUAAAGGCUGGAUUUCCUCGCUGCUUCCAGGUUUCGUAUCCGGCUUUCUGAGUGUGUUGUCGACACAUCCUCCGACUGCGGUGCGUCUCAGAGAAAUAGAUAAGAGGUGUCCAUUUCCAGGAUCUCCUGACCACCAUGCUGGUCUCUUUCAAUGGGUGGCAGCAGAAGGCAUUGGUUCUGCUGGGGUGGGGGCAGCGCCAUAUGGCGUUGUUGUUGUUCCUGUUGCCACAGCCUUGAAGUUGGCUUUUCCUGCUCGUGUUGCCAGUGGGUGUGGGCUGCUGUUGCUGGAGGACCAGCUGUUGCUGGUGGCAAAGCUGCUGUUGCCACUGAAGGUGGAUGUGGUUCAGGGUUUGUUGUUGCUGUAUCAGAAUGUCCUGCUGGUGUUGUCUUUGGUGUUGAGCGAGCUGUGCAUGAAGCAGAAGGCGGAGUUGCUCUUCAACAUAACCCUGCUGUAGUUGUUGUUGUUGCUGCGCCUGCCAUUGCGUC